AUGGACGGCUACAUAAUUGACCUAGUUAAAAAGAACUAUUAGUAAGAAAGCCUUUUUGAAUCAUAUGAUUUGCAAAAUAUAUAAAAUAUAUUGCAUCCUCUUUUAGAGAAGCUCCGAGAAGUGAAAAUUUUUAAGAUCGUAAAUAAUGAUAUACAUGAUCAAAUAAAGCAGCAAGAAAUCAACACAAUUACUAUAAAACCAUUAAACUGUUUUGAGAAUUUAGAGAGCUAACCAUAGGAAUAAUUUCCUUUAAAUUAUAAUAAUUUUGAAUUAUAGAGCCAUUUGAAUUUAAUAAACUAAGAUUGCAGUUAAAAUAUUAUGAAAAACCAAAAACUAGGAGAUUCUCUUUCUAAAAAACAGCUUGAGGAUAUUGAAUAAUAUGGAGCUUUUACUACACAAUUACAGGAAGGAUAAUAACAAAAAUGGCAGAUCUCUCAGAAUUUAUAUAUUCAGAAAACUGAAAUGUAAAUAAAAUACAAAUCAAAAAAUCUUUUAGAAAAAUAUAAUAUCAUACUUAGCGAAGACACAAAUAAGAGGAUUAGAUCUAAAAAAUGGAAAUAUUUCAGGCUAAACUAAAGAUAUAUUAACUUUAAAGAUGGGAUUUAUACUUUGUUUUUUGAUGUGCCUUUUCAAUUACUCAACUGUCUGAUAGGUGUCCCUGUUACUAUCAAGAAAAAAUUAGGAUUAGAUGAAUAUCUACAAAGCAAUUUCAUUGAUGUUUAACCUGAAAUAAAUUAUUUGAAAAGAUUAAACAUAUUCAAUUAAAAAGAUAUCUAAGAUUAAUUAUUGAAUUAUCCUAUUAUUGAUUUAAUCAGCGAAAUAGUCAGAUAGUUAAAGUGGACUGAAUUUUUAUUUUCAUAGAAACAAAAUUUAGAUCUGUAUAUUGAAAUUGAAGUUUUGAAAAACAUCUUAAGUCUAAAUGUACUAAAACUCAACAAUUAAGAUUAUUAAAGAGUUUUUGAAACAGUUUUAGGAAUUUUUAUCAUAAAUUCAUUCAAAGAAAAGAUAAAAUCAAGCCAAAGUACUUGCAUAGAGCUAUUUAAUGAUUGCUUGUCCUUCCUUAACUAUUAUCAACUAGAGUCAUUUUAGAAAAAACUAUUAAAAAUACAAAACAAGUUUGAAAGUGUUAGUAAAAGCAAAGCCUAUAAAGACUUGCCAGCAGACAGUUUCUUAGCAUCUAGAUAAAAAUACUUUUGGAAAAUAGAGUAGAAUUGGAAAAAUAAUACAUUGCUUUUUUUCAUAAAUAUUUUAAUCGGAAAUCUAAUUUAUGGAAAUUUUGGUAUUAAAGUUAAUCUUUGGGAUAUUAAUAAUACUACUCAAGUCAUUACUCUUAAUAAUAAUUUCCCUUGA